AUGGAUGAUAGUUCAUUAAUUUUAAUUGAAGAUAGUGAUGAUAUCAGGAUCAUAGAAGAGGAUCAACGUAUAAGGAAAGCGCAUAAUAAUAACGAACCAGUCCAGUUAAUAAUCACAUCCUCUUCUCAAUCAUCUAACAAGACUAAAAUAAAUCAGGAUUGUCAUAAUUCUGAAGAUAUAAAAAUAAAUGAGGUUAAUCAUUCUUUUGAAGUAAUUGCUCCUUUCAUCGAAGAUGAUUUGAGUGAGUUAGAUAGUAUUUCCAGUGCCCUUGAUUAUUCAGGCAUAACAGAUGAAUCACCCAAAACAGUAGUAAAAAGAAAUCUAUUUGUAAUGGAUACUAGUUUAGAUGAUGAUCCAACAAAUAAUUCAAGUAGCGGUAUUGAUAUUUCAACUAGACAGGCAACCAAGAAAAGUCUACAAUCACUGGCUAAUCGAUGGGGAAUAAAAUGUGAUAGAGUCUCUGAAAGUAAAGCUAACCAAGUUCAGGGAUCACCAAGAAAGAAUUCUUCCCCAAAAAAGAAGCAAAAAUUAUUUUCAAGUCAACAAUUGAAUGAAAAUGCCACUUCUAGCCAAGCGUCUCGCAAUAUAUUCAACCAAUGCCCAUUAUCGUCGCCAGUUUCGAAUAGUUUGAUAGAAUCUUCAAUUCGAGAUGGCAAUAAUCAGGAUACGCAUCAAACUAAAGAUACUAAUAUAAAUGAAGAGAAUGUUAAGAGUAAUUCAAUCAUUGAAUUAUCAAAUGAAUCAAAGAAUAGCUUCAUGGGAGAAGAUUUGGCGGAUAGUAUAAUAGAAGCCACCUUGACCAGCAUCCUAGAAGAUAACGAAAAAUUGCCUGUACUUUCUACCCCAUCAAAAUCUAAAAGAUGCUAUAAUGCAAUUCAGAAUGAAUCGUUUAAUAAUGAGAAAAUUAGACUGAUAAUGAGAUCUCACUCUAUGCCAGAAAGUUUUCAAAAUAGGGUUGAUUCGAAUAAUAAUGACCAUUGCCAUUUGCAUGGUUACAUAGUGCGUGGGAGUAGCUAUACAAGGAUUGAAUCUGAACAAUUAAUAAAACGUUUUCUAACGGAAGAGAAAGAAGCAUUUAAAAGAGUAAAUCAAACAUAUAGAGAUAAUGAGAAGGCAAGAUCUGAGAUAAUUUUGGAAAUUCCAUGCUCAAUAUUAGAAGAGUUUGAAUCGGUAUGUCCUAAUUUAAGAUCAUUAGUGGCUCCAGCAACUCUACAAACCGGCGACUCGGGAAAUAUUCCUCUAAUCAGAUUUUUAAGGAAAUCUGAUAGUGUUUAUGAUUUCAAUAACGAUAUUUAUUAUCCAGAUCAAUUUAAAAUAUUGGAUGAAAAAGUCUACAUAUUAUAUUAUGAUGCAUUUAAUUUUUUCAAACAAUAUAGAGAAAAUAAACGUAAGUUAUUCAAAGAUAUCAGAUUUUACAUAAAAAGCAAGAAGUAUAUUAUUUUGGUUCUAUAUGGAUUAUCCCAGCUAAAGAGAGAUCUUGAUAACUUAGAAAAUAAUAAAUAUAAGGCACGAGUUAAUGAGCAUCUGUCAAAGUCACCAUUAAAGUCACCAACAAAAAAAUCUAAUCAAUCUAAUCAAUCUAAGAAAACAGAGAAAUUACAGAAUUUGAAUAUGAGAAGUAAUGACAUCGAACAAAGACUUCGUUUAAUUGAUCGAUUAUGGAAUGUUAAAAUUCAUACAGUUAAUUCACAUAUAGAUUUUCUUAAUUCUUUACCAAAUCUAGUUUCAUUAAUUGCCAAGCAACGGAAUGACCCUACAAUUCGUUUUAUGAGGUAUGCUCAUUUGAACGUCAGAUCCAGUAAGGAUAGAGUCGAUGCCUUAAAGAAGGUUUUAAAUCAAAUUGGACGAAUGCCAGAAUUAAAAGCUGAAAGCAUCACUAGAGAAUACAAGGGCUUUCAAACCCUAUUAGAUGAUUUUAAGAAAGGAGAGCUGAAAUCUGGUCCUGAUGGACGCCAUUUAAUGUCAGAGGCUAUGGAAAAUAGGUUAUAUAAACUGUUUCUCUGUCGAGAUCCAGACGCAUCUAUAGAAUAA